CCCUUAACGAUAAUUGAAGCGGAAUUAUGAAGUUCGUUUUUUGCAUGGAGACGGAAACAUGAUACUUGCAAUCCACACACUUGCUCCCCAUAUAACAACGAUACUGUCAUUUGGCGCAUUUUACUCCAUGGAUUUUUUCAUCAGGAAUUACGGCGAACUGCUGCUAAACAAACAAAGAAACCCAAGACUAUUCACUAGGAUGCGCAACUACGCGCUUUCCGUUAUACACGCUGUUACAACUGGAUGCAGUUCCCUUAUCUGUUUACUUUUGUUUGAUGGCCUGCUCAGCGAUGUAAUAUUGGCGCAGAACGAAGGUGCCUACCACUUAUUAGGUUUUUCGACCGGUUACUUUUUGCAUGAUAUAUAUCAUAAUAUACGUUACGGACAUGGUAUACGAUCUGCAGAAAUAAUCGUUCAUCACAUUGCAGUUAUCGUCUGCUUUUUGGUAGUGUUAAAAUACAGGCUGCUCCUUUCGUAUGCUUUAUUUGGUUUACUUAUGGAAUUAAACAGCAUAUUUUUGCACGGAAGACAGCUUUUACUGUAUUUUAAUAUAAGUCCUGGAUCAAAAUGGUACCAGUACAACCUGCGAGCAAACAUCCGCUGUAGAGCGCAAAAGAAAAACCCAUUGUUAGCUCAUUCAUUUCUUGCUCACUGCGUGAGAGCCGCAAAUCGUUGGACAGCUGUAUUCUACAAGUGGCUGUGACAGCUCUAGUAGAAACAACAAGGUCCAGGCUUACUUAACAAGUGAGAAUCCAAAAGUCGCUUGAAACAUUCUUCACUCUGAGCUUCGACCACAGGUUUUGGUAAGUCGUUCCAGUCAUUUACAAUGCAGGUUGAUAAAGCAGGAGCGGAACGAACUUUGAGUCUUCUGGGUUUAAACAAUUUCCUAUCCAAUUUAGGUAGAUCAAUGAAGUUUGUGUCCAAGUGGUACCGGAACUAGGAUAGUUUCAUCAAAGGUUCUUCUUCCGUGGAUAUUUUAACCGGAACUUGACAGAAUUA